AUGGCUGCAGCAGCUGUGGGACAAGCUUUGCUCUCUGCUUCUAUCCAGGCCUUACUGGAUAGGAUCACCUCAAGCGAGCUUCGAGAUUUCAUGAACAACAGAAAGCUGAAUGUCUCUCUCAUGGAUGAGAUGAAGAUUACUCUGUUGAUGCUCGAUGCUGUCCUCAACGACGCGGAAGAGAAGAUGAUCACCAAUCAUGCAAUCAAGGAGUGGCUUGAAGAGUUGAAAGAUGCUGUCUAUGAUGCUGAGGAUUUACUGGAUGAGAUCAACACUGAGUCUCUCAGAUCCAAGGUUGAAAAAGAUUCUCAAAACGUCGCUAAACAGGUGCUAUCCUUCUUUUCUUCUUCUUUUGGUGAAUUUAAUGGAGGAUGA